UUUAAUUAAAAAUUUUACUUCUUCUUUCCUUCGAUCAUCGUCUUCCUCUGGUUCUCAGAUCUUUCAAUAGAGAAGAACCAAUUUGAAUGCUCGUAACAGUGGAUUUACUAUAGGAAAAGGAGCAAAGCAAAGAUGGUGAAAAUGACUUUGAUAGCUCGUGUUACUGAUGGGUUGCCUCUAGCAGAGGGACUCGAUGAUGGACGCGACUUACCAGAUUCAGAUAUGUAUAAGCAACAGGUCAAGGCUCUGUUUAAGAAUCUUUCCAGAGGUCAUAAUGAGGCUUCCAGAAUGUCCGUUGAAACUGGCCCCUAUGUUUUCCAUUACAUCAUAGAAGGACGUGUUUGCUACUUGACAAUGUGUGACCGCUCUUACCCAAAGAAGCUUGCUUUCCAGUACUUGGAAGAUCUCAAGAAUGAAUUUGAACGUGUCAAUGGGCCUAACAUUGAAACAGCUGCUCGGCCUUAUGCCUUUAUUAAAUUUGAUACAUUCAUACAGAAAACCAAGAAACUGUACCAAGACACCCGCACACAACGAAAUAUCUCUAAGUUGAAUGAUGAGCUCUAUGAGGUUCAUCAAAUAAUGUCGCGGAAUGUGCAAGAAGUCUUAGGUGUUGGUGAAAAGCUAGACCAGGUCAGCGAGAUGUCGAGCAGGUUAACAUCUGAAUCUCGUAUAUAUGCGGAUAAGGCUAAAGAUUUGAACCGUCAGGCUUUGAUCCGGAAAUGGGCACCAGUAGCAAUUGUGUUUGGUGUAGUUUUCCUUCUUUUCUGGGUCAAGACCAAGCUAUGGUAAAAAGGAGGAAACAAAGGCUAUUUUCGUAAUUUAGCAGACUUCUCCAGACAUAUAUCGACCUCCCAACCGCGGACUCAAAUCUCAGAUGCCAGCACCAAAAUAUCUUUUUCUUUCAAAGAGAAACUUUGACACAUUUUGUACUUUUGUAGUAUGCAGACUUUAUGAGACUGGUCUUAUUUCCAUCAAUUAUACUCUUCAAACCUUCAUUGUCA